CUUGAUUGGGCAAAACCACAUCAGAGUCCAGACUGAGAGUCGAGAAUCCUUUCAAUCUCUCGCGCACCCAAAUCCUCCUCUCUCAUUCUCGUCCGUCUCCUCCGAUUCCCCUUGUCCUUCUCUUCAUCUAUAUUCAAAAUUUUAUCUGGAAUUUAACUACCGUACUCAGAGGUACCUGGAGAUUCACCUGAACUGAUCGAUAAUCGGAGUUCUACUAUUCCUUCUCGUUCAGAUUGAAUUUGCUGGAACUUUGAUGUUGGUAAGUUAGUACAUUGCUUGGUUGAGAAUCUCUUAGCUCUCGUGGAAAUUCUUGCAUAAUGGAAGAAGAAGAAGAGAAGAUCGAGAUAAUAGAGAUUUCGGGAGGGGAUUUGGACAUCCACAGAGAAGAUAGUGCUGAAGUAAAUAAUAUAGCCACAUCAAGUGAAAAUAAUAUCAGUCAUUCUGGGGACAACCAAGUUGGUCCGGGGAAUAACAAUCUUGUAUUGGAACGGGCAGAUUCUGCAGCUGGAGCUAUGAAUGAAGAACAGUUUGAACAGGUUUCUUUGAGAGAUCAAGGAAAGGCUGCCUUUGAGUUUACAGCUGGCAAUGAUGAUGAUUCAAAUCAGUUCUCAAAUAUUGAGAAUGGUAGACACUCCUCCAGCAGAUUUGAGGAAGCCUCUGAAAGUUUUACCAAGAGUCCAGGGUCCGAGCAUGAUUAUUUUCCAAUAACCGAGUUUCCGCAGGAUCGUUCUUUAUCAAGCCCUUCUCCAGACGCUCAGUUCGGUUAUGCUGCCGACCAGUCGUAUUCACCAACUAGUAUAGACUCUUCUUUCUAUGGUGAUGUUGGAUUCUCACCUCAGAAGGCUAAGCCAAAAGCUGCCAUGCCAAAUGUUUCUCCAGAGUUGUUGCACUUGGUUGACUCCGCUAUUAUGGGCAAGUUAGAAAGCUUGGAAAAACUGAUGAAAAUAGUUAGUGGAGCUGAGAGGUUUGGGAGUGCUGAGGAUGCAGAAAACAUAGCUUUCUCAAUUGUUGAUUCCCUUCUUGCAACAAUGGGAGGAGUUGAAAGUUUUGAGGAUGAGGAUAAUAACCCUCCAAGUGUUAUGCUGAACUCUCGAGCUGCCAUUGUGGCAGGUGAGCUUAUUCCUUGGUUACCUUGGAUAGGUGAUACUGAUAUCUACAUGUCUCCAAGAACAAAGAUGAUAAGGGGGUUGCUUGCUAUAUUACGGGCCUGCACGAGAAACAGAGCAAUGUGCUCCAUCGCUGGAUUGCUAGGGGUUCUUCUGGGGUCUGCUGAAAAGAUAUUUGUCCAAGAUGCUAAUUCGAAAGAAGAGAUAAAGUGGGAAGCAACACCAUUAUGUAGCUGCAUUGAGUACUUAGCUGGACAUUCUUUGCAAGUAAUUGAUCUACACAGAUGGCUUCAGGUGAUUACCAGAACAACUGCAACUGAAUGGGCACCUCGCUUGAUGGGUGCGUUGGAAAAGGCAAUGGAUGGAAAGGAAUCCAAGGGACCAGCAUGCACUUUUGAGUUUGAUGGUGAAAGCUCCGGUUUGCUUGGACCAGGGGAGAGUCGUUGGCCGUUUGCUAAUGGGUAUGCAUUUGGUACAUGGAUUUACAUUGAAUCAUUUGCUGAUACCUUAAACACAGCUACUGCAGCUGCUGCAAUUGCAGCAGCUGCAGCAGCUACAACAGGGAAGUCAUCUGCUAUGUCGGCUGCAGCUGCAGCCAGUGCACUUGCUGGUGAAGGCACUGCCCAUAUGCCACGAUUGUUCAGUUUCUUGUCUGCGGAUAACCAAGGGAUAGAGGCAUACUUCCACGCACAGUUUUUGGUUGUUGAAAGCGGUAGCGGGAAGGGAAAGAAGGCAUCCUUGCAUUUUACUCAUGCAUUCAAGCCACAAUGCUGGUAUUUUAUUGGGUUGGAGCAUAUCUGCAAGCAAGGUCUCAUUGGUAAAGCAGAGAGCGAAUUAAGACUUUACAUUGACGGAUCCCUGUAUGAAAGUCGUCCUUUUGAGUUUCCAAGGAUCACCAAACCUCUAGCUUUUUGCUGCAUUGGCACAAACCCGCCUCCUACAAUGGCUGGCUUGCAACGUCGUCGUCGGCAGUGCCCACUGUUUGCUGAGAUGGGCCCUGUUUAUAUCUUCAAAGAACCCAUUGGUCCUGAACGGAUGUCACGUUUGGCUUUAAGAGGAGGGGAUGUUCUACCUACCUUUGGUAAUGGUGCCGGUGUCCCUUGGCUGGCAACAAAUGAUCAUGUUCGUGCCAAGGCAGAAGAAAGUUCAGUUUUGGAUGCUGAGAUUGGAGGGUUCAUCCACCUUCUUUACCAUCCCAGUUCUCUUAGUGGCCGUUUCUGUCCAGAUGCUUCUCCUUCUGGUGCUGCAGGCAUACUCCGGAGACCAGCUGAGAUACUCGGUCAAGUUCACGUCGCCACAAGAAUGAAGCCAGUGGAAGCUUUGUGGGCUUUGGCUUAUGGAGGCCCCAUAUCUUUACUUCCUCUGGUGGUGAGCAAUGUUCAUAAAGACAGCCUGGAACCUGAACAAGGGGAUCUUUCUUCAUCAUUGGCAACUGGUGCUCUUGCUGCUCCAGUAUUUCGAAUGAUUUCUAUUGCUCUUCAGCAUCCUGCAAAUAAUGAAGAGCUGUGUCGUACCAGGGGCCCGGAACUUCUUACGAAGAUUUUAUAUUAUCUUCUGCAAACAUUGUCUUCAUUAGAUCGGGAAAAGCAUACUGGCGCUGAAGACGAGGAACUUGUUGCUGCUGUUGUUUCCUUGUGCCAAUCACAAAAGACUAAUCAUGUCCUGAAGGUGCAGCUAUUUAGUACUCUAUUAUUGGAUCUGAAAAUUUGGAGCUUAUGCAACUAUGGACUGCAAAAAAAACUCCUUUCAUCCCUAGCUGACAUGGUUUUCUCAGAGUCGUUGGUCAUGAGAGAGGCCAAUGCCAUUCAGAUGCUUCUUGAUGGCUGUAGAAGAUGUUAUUGGACAGUUCGCGAGAAGGGGUCUGUGAAUACCUUUUCGUUGGAUGAGGCAGCUCGUCCAAUAGGUGAAGUAAAUGCUUUGGUUGACGAGCUCUUGGUAGUUAUCGAACUUCUUAUAGGAGGAGCUUCUUCUUCAAUGUCUUCAACUGAUGUCCAAUGUCUGCUUGGGUUCGUUGUAGAUUGCCCUCAACCCAAUCAGCUUGCCAGGGUGUUGCAUCUCAUCUAUCGUCUGGUUGUACAGCCAAAUGCAGUUAGAGCUAACAUGUUCGCCGAGGCAUUCAUGAAAUGUGGAGGCAUAGAAACUCUUCUUGUUUUGCUGCAGAGGGAGGCCAAAGUUGGUGAUAAUAGCUUUCCAGAAUCAAUUGAAAAGAGUCAGGUUCAAGAAACUAAACCAGAGACUGAUGUGGUGGCGUUGGAUGUAAAUCAGAAUGAUGAAGGAGAAAUUUUGAACAAAAAUAACUCAACUUCAGAAGAGAAACUUCUUGAACCCGGGUCAUCUAUUGGGGCAGGUGGCCCGACUACAUCUCCAUCUGGAUUGAAGAUUGAACGGGUGUCUUCUGUUUCUGAAGCUCCCAAUUUGAAGAAUUUGGGUGGUAUAAGCCUUUCGAUUAGUGCAGAUAACGCAAGGAAUAAUGUCUACAACAUUGACAAAAGUGAUGGGGUGAUUGUUGCAAUCAUUGAGCUAUUAGGUGCUCUAGUGAGAUCUGGACAUUUGAAAAUUGGACCAAAUGCACCCCUUGACUUAACAAGCAACUUUCUGGGAGGAUUGCUGCAAGAUGGAGGUGGUACAAUGUUUGACGAUAAAGUUUCUCUUCUACUUUUUGCUCUGCAGAAGACAUUCCAAGCUGCACCGAAUAGGCUUAUGACUACAAAUGUGUACACAGCUCUAUUGGGAGCCUCGAUUAACAUAUCUUCAGCAGAGGAUGGAUUAAACUUCUAUGAUUCUGAACAUCGCUUUGAGCAUUUGCAAAUUCUCUUGGUUCUUCUUCGUUCGCUGCCAUAUGCAUCUUGGGCCUUUCAAGAUCGAGCGUUGCAGGAUCUUCUGUUUUUGGCUUGCACUCAUCCAGAAAAUAGAAGCAGCAUAACAAUAAUGGAGGAAUGGCCUGAGUGGAUAUUGGAAAUUUUAAUUUCUAAUUAUGAGAGGGUUGAAAACAGAGCUUCCACUGUGACAGGCUCGGGGGAUGUUGAGGACCUUAUUCAUAACUUCUUGAGUAUAAUGCUGGAACACUCUAUGCGACAGAAGGAUGGUUGGAAGGAUAUUGAAGCUACAAUUCAUUGUGCAGAGUGGCUUUGUAUUGUGGGAGGAUCUAGCACAGGAGACCAACGAGCCAGACGGGAAGAAUCACUACCUAUAUUCAAGAGAAAGCUCUUGGGUGGUUUACUGGACUUUGCUGCUAGGGAACUACAGGCUCAGACUCAGAUAAUUGCUGCAGCAGCUGCUGGUGUUGCAGCUGGGGGUUUAUCACCAGAAGAGGCUAAGGCAGAAGCUGAGAUUGCCGCUCAACUUUCCGUGGCAUUGGUUGAAAACUCUAUAGUGGUUCUAAUGCUUGUGGAAGAUCAUUUGCGUUUUCAGAGCAAGUUAUCUUGCUCAUCUCGUACUGAUUGUUCUCCAUCUCCCCUUACUCUCGUAUCACCAUUGCAUCAUCGGUCAAGUUCUGGUACAAAUCCGUUGGAUGGUCUCGCUGAUCGCAGAUCUAGUGAAUCUGGGGGAUUGCCACUUGAUGUACUUGCUUCAAUGGCUGAUGCAAAUGGGCAAAUUUCUGCUUCUGUAAUGGAACGCCUUACAGCGGCAGCAGCAGCUGAGCCUUACGAAUCUGUUGCUUGUGCGUUUGUAUCUUAUGGGAGCUGUACGAAGGACUUGGCUGAGGGUUGGAAAUAUAGAAGCAGAUUAUGGUAUGGUGUUGGUUUUCCUUCAAAAACAGCUGUCUUUGGUGGUGGUGGCAGUGGCUGGGAAUCUUGGGGUUCUGGUUUGGAAAUGGAUGCAAAUGGAAAUUGGAUUGAGCUCCCGUUGGUGAAAAAGUCCGUCCACAUGCUUCAAGCUUUGUUGUUAGAUGAGUCUGGUCUUGGUGGUGGACUGGGUAUAGGUGGAGGAUCUGGCACUGGCAUGGGUGGAAUGGCUGCUUUAUACCAGUUAUUGGACAGUGACCAACCAUUCUUGUGCAUGCUACGAAUGGUACUUCUAUCAAUGAGGGAGGAAGAUAAUGGAGAGUCAAGUAUGUUCUUGAGGAAUGUCAGCAUGGAGAGUGGAAGCUCCGAAGAAUUUCGCCGACAAGCAAGUGAUACUGGUUUCUCGGAAGCAAGUUCCCAAGCAACAAGGCAACCACGUUCAGCUUUGUUGUGGAGUGUUCUUUCACCUGUCUUGAACAUGCCAAUUUCAGACUCAAAGAGGCAGAGAGUAUUGGUGGCAUCCUGUGUUCUAUAUUCUGAGGUAUGGCAUGCAGUCGGGAGAGACAAAAAACCUCUUCGUAAAAUGUUCCUUGAGGCCAUUUUGCCACCUUUCGUUGCUGUGCUGCGGAGGUGGCGCCCAAUUCUAGCUGGCAUUCAUGAUCUUGCUACUGCUGAUGGUUUAAAUCCUCUUGCUGUUGAUGAUCCUGCAUUAGCUGCUGAUGCACUCCCUGUUGAGGCUGCCCUCAAAAUGAUAUCUCCAGAAUGGGCAGCUGCUUUUGCAUCACCUCCAGCUGCAAUGGCAUUGGCUAUGAUUGCUGCCGGUGCUUCCGGUGCAGAAACUGCUGCUCCCCAAGCAACGUCGCAUCAUCUUAGGCGUGACUCGUCAUUGCUUGAGAGAAAAGCAGCUAAGCUCCAUACCUUUUCAAGCUUUCAGAAGCCACUUGAAGGAACUAACAAAACUCCAGGCCUCCCAAAGGACAAGGCGGCUGCCAAAGCUGCUGCACUUGCGGCUGCACGUGAUCUUGAACGAAAUGCUAAGAUUGGCUCUGGAAGAGGCCUAAGUGCUGUUGCAAUGGCCACAUCUGCUCAACGGAGGGGUGCCAGUGACAGAGAGCGUGUAACCAGAUGGACUAUUUCGGAAGCCAUGGGAGUUGCGUGGCUGGAGUGCCUGCAGCCAGUUGACACAAGAUCGGUCUAUGGAAAAGAUUUUAACGCUCUGUCCUAUAAGUUUAUUGCAGUACUUGUUGCCAGUUUUGCUCUGGCCAGGAACAUGCAAAGAUUAGAGGUUGACCGGCGAGCUCAAGUUGAUGUUGUAGCUCGGCAUCGCCUUGUCAGGGGAAAUCGUGCAUGGAAAAAGCUCAUACAUUACUUGAUGGAGAUAAAGAGCCUUUUUGGACCAUUUGGAUCACAUUUUCAUUAUCCUGAACGUGUCUUUUGGAAGCUUGACCUCAUGGAGAGCUCCUCAAGGAUGAGAAGAUGUUUGAGGAGAAAUUAUAAAGGAUCUGAUCAUUUUGGUGCUGCUGCUAACUAUGAGGAUGAGGUUAAGAUGAGACACAGCGAAGAAAAUGUUCCUGUGCUCGCAGCUGAAGCAAUAUCGAUGGAAGGUCUAAAGGAAGAUGAUGAACAUGCAGAGAUUGGAAAUUUAGAUGCAGCUGAUGAUACACGAAGCAGUGAAGAUAACCUGUCCCGAAUUUCUGGGACAACUGAUCAAAAUGCACAGCAGCCGUUGGAAUCCUUUGAAAGGCAACUUGCAAAUGUUCAGGAGUUUGAUAGAACAUCAGGAGUUGCACUAGGAUAUGUCCCUAGUGAGCUCGAUGAAAGAAUUAUUAUUGAGCUUCCUUCAUCAAUGGUCCGGCCACUUAGGGUCAUACGAGGAACCUUUCAAGUAACAAGCAGGAGAAUGAACUUUAUUGUUGAUGGCACCGAGGGGAAUACCAUAGGGGGAACAGAAUCCUCUGAAGUGGUAUAUCAGGAAAAGAAUUACAGUUGGGCAAUGUCCUCCCUGCAUCAGAUUUAUAGUCGAAGAUAUCUACUGAGAAGAAGUGCUUUGGAAUUGUUUAUGGUUGAUCGAGCUAACUUCUUCUUUGAUUUCGGGAGUACUGAUGGGCGGCGAAGUGCUUACCGAGCAAUUGUUCAGUUACGGCCUCCUCAUUUGAACAAUAUAUAUUUGGCAACACAGAGACCUGAGCAGCUUCUGAAGAGAACUCAACUUAUGGAGCGGUGGGCUAGGUGGGAGAUCAGCAAUUUUGAGUACUUGAUGCAGUUGAAUACAUUGGCUGGGCGUAGUUACAAUGACAUCACUCAGUAUCCUGUGUUUCCAUGGAUUCUGUCUGAUUACACUUCGAACAGUUUGGAUCUUUCUAAUCCUUCUUCGUACAGAGAUCUUUCUAAGCCAGUUGGCGCAUUGAAUCUUGACCGAUUGAAAAAAUUCCAAGAGAGAUAUUCUAGCUUUGACGAUCCAGUAAUCCCAAAGUUCCAUUAUGGUUCUCACUACUCAAGUGCCGGAACCGUGUUAUACUAUCUUGUCAGAAUCGAGCCUUUCACAACCCUCUCAAUCCAACUGCAAGGUGGAAAAUUCGAUCAUGCUGAUAGGAUGUUUUUGGAUAUCGCUUCUACAUGGAAUGGGGUUCUUGAGGAUAUGAGUGAUGUAAAGGAAUUGGUCCCAGAGUUGUAUUAUCUUCCAGAGAUGUUGACCAACGAAAAUUCUAUUGAUUUUGGAACAACACAGCUAGGAGGGAAGUUAGAUUCAGUUAAACUACCUCCCUGGGCUGAAAACCCACUUGACUUCAUAAAUAAGCACCGGAUGGCUCUUGAGAGUGAACAUGUGUCUGCACACUUGCAUGAAUGGAUUGAUCUCAUCUUUGGUUAUAAGCAACGAGGAAAAGAAGCUAUAGGAGCAAAUAAUGUCUUCUUUUACAUUACGUAUGAAGGGACUGUUGAUAUUGAUAAGAUCUCAGAUCCAGUACAACAACGUGCUACUCAAGACCAGAUUGCUUACUUUGGACAAACUCCAUCCCAACUUCUCACUGUUCCUCACUUGAAAAGGAUGCCAUUAUCAGAUGUUCUUCAUUUGCAGACCAUUUUUAGGAACCCAAAAGAAGUCAAGCCAUACCCCAUUCCAGCCCCUGAGCGGUGCAAUCUACCUGCUGCAGCUAUUCGUGCAUCUUCUGAUAGAGUUGUAAUCGUCGAUAUAAAAGCACCGGCAGCACAUGUUGCAGAGCACAAGUGGCAGCCCAACACUCCUGAUGGCCAAGGAUCACCUUUCCUGUUUGAACAUGGGAAAACCUCUGCAAAUUCAGCUGGUGGGGCAUUCAUGAGGAUGUUUAAAGGGCCUGCUGGUUCUGGUGAUGAUUUGCAAUUUCCCCGUGCCUUGGCAUUUCCUUCUUCCGGGAUUAGAAGCACUGCGGUGGUUGCCAUCACAAAUGACAACGAAGUUAUAACUGGUGGGCAUACAGAUAACAGCAUAAAACUGAUAUCCUCAGAUGGAGCAAAAACCUUAGAAACAGCAAUUGGGCAUUGUGGUCCAGUCACUUGUCUUGCUCUUUCACCGGACAGCAGUUAUCUUGUUACAGGAUCACGGGACACGACAGUCUUACUCUGGAAGAUACACAGGGCAUAUGCCUCACGUUCGGGCAGCAUGACAGAUCAUCAAACCACAAACAGCACAACAUCCACUGGCAGUAACACCUCAGCCGACAAAAACAGGCAGCCUCGUAUUGAGGGUCCAAUACACGUACUUCGUGGUCACCACCGAGAAAUUCUAUGUUGUUCAGUUAGCUCGGAUCUUGGGAUUGUUGUCUCCUGCUCUGAGUCGUCAGAUCUUUUGUUGCAUUCCAUCAGGAGGGGCCGUUUGAUUCGGAGACUGGUUGGGGUGGAGGCUCAUGCCGUUUGCCUUUCCCCUGAGGGGAUUAUAGUUAUUUGGAACAAAAGCCAAGGGUAUCUAACUACUUUUAGUGUCAACGGGGUACCGAUUGCGAGAGCACAGCUCCCUUUGUCUGGAAAUGUCAGUUGCAUUGAGAUUUCAGUGGAUGGGAGGAAUGCUUUGGUUGGAAUGAACUCUAGUGGGGAACCUAAUCAAACACCUAAUGUCAAUAAGGAUUUGAGGAUAUGGACACAGGGAUCUGAAGAGUUUGAUCCAGAAUCAGAUGAAAAUCGAGAAACAAACAAACUGGAUGUUCCAUCCCCAUCGAUUUGUUUCAUCAAUCUGCACACACUAAAGGUGUUCCAUGUAUUAAAGCUAGGGGAAGGCCAGGACAUCACUGCUCUGGCUAUGAGCGAUGAUAACACAAAUCUUGUAGUGUCAACUGCAGAUAAACAGUUGAUAAUCUUCACUGAUCCAACUUUGAGCCUGAAAGUGGUGGAUCAGAUGCUGAAGCUUGGAUGGGAAGGCGAUGGUCUCAGCCCUCUAAUAGUAUAGAGCUGGUAGACUUUUGGUCAUACUGAGAAUGAAUCAUGAAACACUUCGGUGGGCGAAGUGUUUAGAUUUGCUCUGGGCUCUUGUUGUAACUUGAACGGAAAGAACGGCUAGAACAAGCGCCGCCACCGCCCAUCUCUUUAUGUCCAUCUCUGCAUAUGAUGAUUUGUUACACCAGGGGUGGCACGGUGGAUUUUGAUUGAGUUGAGAGUUCCUUUAAAUCAGCCCGAGUUUCAACUAACUGGUCUGCUGUGGCAUUGUGUUAGAUUUUCGUUAGUUCAGGUGAGAUACACAAUUAUGCGGAUGGAGUUGAACAUAUUGUACUCUUCUUCUGUAUAUAUUUACGUUGCGGAGAUGUGACUCCAUUUAUCCAUCGCCGGGUAUAGCAAGCAGGCAACAAUGUGAAAGAAGAAAACAUAAUUAGUGUGCUGAUAUGUUUUGCUCUUAUUCUAAUGCUUCUUACUGAACAAGCUCCCUGGGGAUGUACCGUAAUGGUAUCACUGAACAAGCAGCACCUACCUAUUUUAGCAAAUUCUUCUCCAUCUUUAAUUGUCAGAUCUUGAUGGAUUGAUUUCUAUAAAGGGGG